GUACAAAACACACACAACAUUGGUUUUAGAAACAUUGAAAUCCGAAGAAGUGAAAGGUGGUGUGGUGUGGUGUGUUGUGUGGGUGCUACUAACGUUUCGUUCCCUUUCUCUCUCCUACUUCCUCUCUUCACUCCUCAUCACGCUUUCUCUCUCUACACUCAUCCCAAUGUGAGUGUCGUUCUGAUCUUCCAUUUCCAUUUUCUUCUCUUCAUUCUUCUUCUUCUUCCCAAUUCACCCUUCGCUUUUCCCAAUUCUAAUCAUACCUCCAAUUAUCGGGUUUUACGAUUCUACCCCUCGCUCCGAUCCGAGGGUUUUCACUGUUUCAUUCAGCUUCUGAGCUCUAUUGGCGCUCCUAUUCGCCGCGCGCAAAACGAGUCGUUUUGGAUUCUAGUGUUGCGUCGCGUCGUAUUCAGGAAGUAUAUAAGAUAAGAUGGGACGAGUGAGUAAUGAAAUUGAGGAUGAGGUGCUUCCCAGUGAUACGAGUGCAGCACAGUUGAAUGAUGAGAGUUACGAAGGAAGUACCAGCGUUGUUCUGAAGAAAGGGCCGUGGACAUCAACUGAAGAUGAUAUUUUGGUGGAUUAUGUCAACAAACAUGGGGAGGGGAAUUGGAAUGCUGUUCAGAAGCACACAGGGUUAUUACGUUGUGGAAAAAGUUGUCGGCUGCGAUGGGCUAAUCACCUAAGGCCUAAUUUAAAGAAAGGGGCGUUUACUGCAGAAGAGGAGCGGUUCAUUGCUGAACUUCAUGCCAAAAUGGGAAACAAAUGGGCACGCAUGGCAGCACAUUUGCCCGGUCGCACUGAUAAUGAGAUAAAGAAUUAUUGGAAUACCCGUAUCAAGAGGCGUCAACGGGCUGGGUUGCCACUUUACCCUCCAGAGAUGUGUUUGCAAGAUUUUCAAGAGAAUCAGCGUAACCAAAGCAAUGGUGGACUUAAUGGUGGCAAUAAAAUGCAUCUUGAUUUGUUGCAGAAAAAUAGUUAUGAGAUACAUGGUGCUAUAUUUGAUAGUACGAAGGAUAAUCAGGGAAUCUUACCUUAUGCACCCAAGUUUUCCGAUGUUUCUGUUUGUGGCAACAUGCUGAAAGGUCUUGAUUCUUCUUCUCAAUAUUGUAGUGUUAUGCCACCAGCAUCACCUAAGAACAAGCGUCUUAGAGAGUCAACAAUACCGACGUUUAAUGGUUCCAAUGAUACGAAAAAAAAUGGUCUAUAUCCAUUGUGUAAAAAUCGGGACAAUAAUUAUGAUAAGAUUUCACAAUCAUUUGGAAUGCAAGCACUCCUUGAUCCUGGUCCCUCCUUACACAACUCGAUGUGUUACAGCCAUUCACCUUCAAAUGGCAAUCCCUCUACUUCUAAGCCAACUUUUGAGGCUGUGAAGUUGGAGCUCCCUUCACUCCAAUAUCCAGAACUUCAUUUAGGUAGAUGGGGUACAUCUCCCCCACCUCCGUUGCUCGAGUCAGUUGAUGAUUUCUUUCAGUCUCAUACACCAAUUAGUACACUCGAGUCAGAUUGUUCUUCCCCACAAAAUAGUGGCCUGCUGGAUGCCUUACUUUAUCAGGCAAAGACUCUGAGCAGUUCAAGGAACCAUUGUUCUGACAAAAGUUCAAAUUCUUCUACUGCAACCCCUGGUGACAGAGGCGACAACUCUGCUUUGAAUGUGUACGAGACAGAAUGGGAAGAUUACGCUGACCCUGUAUCUCCCUUUGGUGCAACUUCAAUAUUGAAUGAGUGCCCUGAUCUUAGAGGCAGUGAGAAUUCAUUGGACGAACAGCUAUCCCUCCAGACAUUUACUGGCAACAUUCCAAAAUUAGAGUUUGUUGAUAAGGUUUGGACUCCUGACAAUGAAAAUCAAACCUUGUCCUUCUUGAAUAUCACUCGUCCAGACUUGUUGUUUGCUUCAGAUUGGAAUGACCUAGGUUUUGGGCAUGGCAAGAACCAAGCCAUCACAACUGAUACAGCAACGACCCUUCUUGGAGAGGAUUUUGCUGCUGACCAUAAGCAUAUGACUUCUGGAACUUCUCAGUCAAGUCAGGUGUGGGGUUUUGGUUCUUGUGCAACGGCAGCUAAUAAUAUGCAUGCUCUCUGUCACCUAUCCGAUCUUGGUUAAGAACACUCCAUAGAUGUGUGAUUUGAAACUCGAUUAUAGGUAGAUCUGUGUUGAUUCUUUUAACAAGAUUGUCCAAUGUCAAUAUUUGCUGGACUGAAGAAGAUUUUAUGAGUGUGAUUUAUAGUACCAAAAAAAGGGUCAGACUAAUGCUUUCCCAUGGAUUUGUCAAUUCUUUUUGGGUGUUGCAUUGCAUGUAUUGUAUACCAUCAUGAAUCUUGUGGACACAGAUGCUUUUGCAGAUUCUGAUUAAAUUGUUUAACUGCAUUGCAGUUGAAACAUUGGAAUGCAUGUGGUUGG